AUGUCCGGCACCCGAGCUCCUCCCUCCGCCGCUGCCUCUCCCUCCAAUCCGCCGGAACAGAUCAUGAAACGACAACCGCCGUUUUCCUCCUUGAAACCUCCCUUUGUAGCUUCCGGUGAUUAUCACCGGUUUGCACCUGACCAACGAAGAAAUCUUGAUCAGGAAACUGAAGCUAUCGUCGUUAAGACUCCUCAACUGAAGCGGAAAAGUGAAGCAGCUGGUUUUGAAGCUGAUUCAAGUGUUAGGAUGACUCCUGGAUCCACUGAAGCAGCCAAUAGUCCUUCUCAGACGCCUGUAUCCGGAAAGACAGGGAAGGGAGGCAAAUCCUCUAGGCUGACAAAAUGCAACAGAUCUGGAACUCAAACCCCAGGCUCAAAUAUUGGUUCUCCUUCAGGAAACAAUCUCACCCUUGCUGGUCCAUGUCGAUAUGACAGCUCUUUAGGUCUGUUGACAAAAAAGUUCAUCAAUUUAAUUAAACAAGCAGAGGAUGGUAUUCUUGAUCUAAAUAAAGCUGCCGACACAUUAGAGGUGCAAAAGAGGAGAAUAUAUGAUAUAACAAAUGUUCUUGAAGGGAUCGGCCUUAUAGAGAAAAAGCUCAAGAACAGAAUUCAGUGGAAGGGCCUAGAUGUUUCAAAACCAGGGGAGGCUGAUGAUAGUUUUGCUAGUUUACAGGCAGAAAUUGAAAAUUUAACAAUGGAGGAACGCCGGUUAGAUGAACAAAUAAGGGUGAUGCAAGAAAGACUACGGGAUCUUAGCGAAGAUGAAAAUAAUGAGAAGUUGCUUUUUGUCACUGAGGAAGAUAUAAAGAACCUGCCCUGCUUCCAGAAUGAAACAUUGAUAGCAAUUAAAGCUCCACAUGGAACCACUUUGGAAGUCCCUGAUCCUGAUGAGGCCGCUGAUUAUCCGCAGAGGAGAUACAGGAUAGUCCUGAGAAGUACAAUGGGCCCAAUAGAUGUUUACCUUGUUAGUCAAUUUGAAGAGAAGUUUGAGGAGAUCAAUGGUGUUGAGGUUGCACCCAAAAUCCCAUCUAGUCCAGAGGUUAGCCAGCAUCCGUCAACUGUGGUCCCAGAGGACAAAGGGAAGGAAAUAGAAGUGCAGAGACCAGACGGUGAAGGGCCUAGUUCAGAUCUUACCCACAAUCACGACUUUGUGAGUGGGAUCAUGAAGAUUGUUCCUUCAGAUGUUGCUAGCGAUGCCGAUUACUGGCUUUUAUCAGAUGCUGAUGUUAGCAUAACCGACAUGUGGAGAACAGAACCCGGAGUUGAGUGGAAUGAACUCAAUGCACUUCAAGAAGAUUUUUGUAUGGCUCGUGAGGACAAUACAACCCCAAAUCAUCCUUCGAACACAGGUGAAGAGUCUUCUGCAGCCAAGCCUUGA